AUGACAUCGGACAAUCAUCACCGACAAUAUCAUGUACAAGCCAACCUUUUCAUCAUUGAACCCUUCUUAAGUCUCUGCUACUUACUACAGCGCAUCUGGCUGACUGCUACAAUGCAGAGGAAGAGAAUACUCCCAGCCCGACAUCCCCGAUAUCGAACGGCCCCACGAGGCCGGAUUAUGACCGCAUGUGCUCGGUGUCAGAAACGGAAAAUCCGAUGCGACGGGGUUACUCCCGUCUGUGGGGGGUGCCAACGAGCCCAUGUGGACUGCGUCGAAGGAGUUUCUUACGUCGAUGAGCUAGAAGCACGAAUCGAAUGGCUAGAGUCCAUCAUCCGUGAGCACCUGCCACACUUUGACCUCUGCAAACCUGAUGAGCCUGAGAGAAGUACUCGCUUGGAUCGUCGUCAUGGCGGCUCGGUCAGCAGAGUAUCGAACCAAUCUUCUGCUUCGGAAGCACAUCCUUCCCAAACCAAUAACAAUAAGGAUGACUGGGGCCCAGCCCGUGAUAUCACCGAUCAGCUCGGACUGAUCUCGAUCAACGCAGAGGCAGAUCUUCGUUAUCUAGGCCCUUCCAGCGGAUUAUUCUUCACCAGGUUCGUGCUGACCGGCCUUGGACGAAGAGCCGAACUGGCACCAGAAUCAGUAUCCCCAUCCGGGGAAACCAACUUCAUCCCUGCCGAACUUCUCGACAUUCAGCCCAAAGACCUGCCAUCUGAUCUAAACCAGGCCCAGUGGUUGACCCAGGCAUAUUUCCAAGCGGUUCAUGGACAAUUUCCCUUUCUGCAUAGACCAUCUCACCUGGAGCUUCUGCAAAGAGCCUACAAUGGUAUCGAACUCCUGCCCAUCGAUCAAUUCCAGAUCUAUAUGGUCCUGGCCAUCGGCGCCACUAUUCGAUCACGACAAUUGAAAGUGCUGCUUUCAGCAGAAGGAUACUGUGCCUCGGCUAUCGUCCAUCUGGACACCAUCUUCCAGAAGUCGUCGGUGCGCGGCGUACAGUGCAUGCUGCUUUUGCAAAUGUACACGUUUCACAAUCCUUCCUCGGCAAUCAGUCUGUGGACUUUGCAUUAUCACUGUCUGGCUCACGUGUUGGAACUCGGUUUGCAUCGCAAUUUUCGUGGCUCUGCCUUCACUGAGUUUGAUCAAGAGAUGCGCACCCGGGUCUUCUGGUGCGUGUAUACGAUGGAUCGCUACCUUUGCACCUCGCUCGGUAGGGCGAUAGGCAUUAUGGAUGAGCAGUGCGAUCUAAGAUUACCACGCGACAUCAACGACGAGGACCUACAACCAGAUCAACCGAUCCCGACUCAACAAUCCUUUACAACAAUAAAAGACAUGUCCAGCGCAAUCCACCUCUUUAAACUCGCCCGAUUCAGCGCCGAGAUCAAAUGCGUUCUAUAUUGCAUCGACCGAAAUUAUCCCCCCUACACUCAGCCCACCAUCACAGACCCCAACCACUGGCAACAAGAUAUGCUCCACCGUCUGCAUGAGUGGAAAGCAGCCAUCCCUCACCAUCCUCCCCAAAGCCCAGUGUACUACAUGAACAGUCUGCUCGAGAUCAAAUACCACGAGCUAGUGAUGUUGGCCGUACGCCCCAGUCCUCUCUUCCCAUAUCCUUCGAGGUCCUUGGUUAAACUAUGCUUCGACUCCGCCUUACAAUGCACAGGACUUUACCAUCAGCUAUAUGUUACCAGUACGCUGCACUAUAACCGAACGAUCGUCCAAUCGCUAUUCCUGUGCACGGUUACCCUCUUUUAUUGUAUCUGGGCGCCAAACGGGUUAGGAGAGGAAGAAACGACCCUCGACACCGUCCUACACUCACUGAAGUCCGCUUCAGACAUCCUCAGUGCCGCCGGAGAAUAUUGGCUUGAAGUGAAACGAACUCGCGAUGUACUAGAUUGCAUCACCAGGGCUACGAUGCGGCGGUUUGCUCGGAGACUUGGUCAACCAUCGGCAAGCUUUUCAUCAGGGAAUAGCGGGACCUUGCAGAGAAACAGCGUUCAAGAGCCAUCGAUAGUGGACUUGCCUACUACGAUCUUGAAUGAUAGGCCGAGUACCGAUGACAUCACUGCUGAUGAUUAUGGGGCAGGGCAGGUCUUAAAUGAUCCGUACUAUGUGCCGGUGCAGCAGCCCAAUGCUACACCUGAGUUCAUGUCUUUCUUUAUGGAUCCUCAGCCCGAGUCGGCGAUGGAGUUGUUGGAUUUCUCGUGGGAUGUGUUUGGUGGGGUGGAUGAUGUGGCGUAG